GCACUCAUUCAUUUCAUCAACUUUCUUAGUCAUAUAUCUCCAUCACCUACUUCUUAGCUUCACUUCAAAUUCAUACAAGAUAAACUUUCUUACUCUUUUUUCUAAGUACACAUUGCCACCAAACUUCAAUUCUAAUGGAUUAACUUGGUUCAUUUUUAGAACCAACACCCCACAAACAUUAACUUUUUCAUGCUUCUUGUUUGAGUUCAACCAAUCAUCAUUGGUCUUAAUUGAGUUCAUCAUAUGUAACAAAACAAAGAGAUGGAUGAUACCAACUUCAAUAGUUGUAUGUAGUCGCUUUGAGCUUCAUUUAUCGGUGAUAGUAUUUGACACGGUUCAGGGAUAAUCUUGUAAACUGAACUGUCGUAUUUAAAUACAAGUUGUACUAUGUAGAUCCUAAGUUUGAUUAAUAGAAAGGUAUUGUAGCUGUACUACAGUCGGAGAGGUAUAGACACAAUUAGUCGAACUUUGUGAUCAAACAUCGUGUGUUACCUAUUUGUGUUUCUUUCAUAUCUUUUACUUUUGAACCGGGUUGUUGUAUAAUGGGAAAACAAGGGUCUCCAAGAAGUCCACAUCCUGAGUUUAAGGGUGCUGCUAGAGCAAUGUUAGGAAUGAAAGAUUACAAGAUAACAAGCAAUGAUCCUCCUUCUUGGAAGAGGAUGACCGGGGUCGAUUAUCGUUGGCAUUCCAAAACUUUGGUGUUACAUGGGCUGAAAAGUGAUUCUACAAAAUACAAUUCUAUUAAGGGGUUCUAUGUUGGGAAAAAGAACAUUAGAACUAUUGUUCUCAUGUUUGGAUUGUUAGGUUGUCUUUUCCUUCUUGAUUCUAUUUUCAUAUCCUUUUUUGAGUUUGAAAAUCUUCAACCAAGUACAGGCUUAAAUAAUUCAAGUGAACUUCAGGGUUCAGAUUCCUACAUCAGCAAGAAACGAUCGCCUAUAUAUAUGUAUGAUCGUCUUCUGAACUUGGCUUCCAGUGCUCUUGCAGAGAAAGAGUUCAAGCAAGAGUCAUCCAAAUUAUGGAUGGAACCAUAUAAGCAUGCAUCUUUAUGGAAACCUUGUGCACAAAGAAAAGUUCAAAGCAAUCCAGGGAAAUCGGCGAAAACUAAUGGCUACAUAUUAGUUAGUGCAAAUGGUGGUCUUAAUCAACAGCGAGUUGCUAUUUGUAAUGCUGUGGCUGUGGCUUCUGUCCUAAAUGCAACUCUAGUUAUUCCAAAAUUUCUUUACAGCAAUGUAUGGAAGGAUCCGAGCCAGUUUGGUGACAUAUAUCAGGAAGAGUAUUUCAUAAAUAUCCUUAAAGACGAUAUCAAUAUUGUGAAGGAACUUCCACCUGAUAUGAAAUCUAUGGAUGCAAAAGCAAUUGGAAGCCAGGUUACAGAUGCAGUUCUUGCAAAGGAGGCCACAAUUGCUGACUACGUUAAAAUUGUGCUUCCUCUUCUGUUGAAACAUAGAGUUGUUCACUUUCUCGGAUAUGGAAAUCGACUUGGUUUUGAUCCUAUGGCUUCUGAUAUUCAGAGGUUAAGAUGCAAAUGCAAUUUCCAUGCUUUGAAAUUUGUUCCAAAAAUUCAACAAGUCGCCUCUCUAUUGAUCAAAAGGAUCAGAAAACACAGUGCUUCAAAAAGCAUGUUAGACAGUCAGUUAGUGGGGAAGUUCAUCGACAACAAGUACAAUCACGAAGCUGCAAAGGGAUCAAAAAAAUAUCUUGCUUUGCACUUAAGAUUUGAAAUAGAUAUGGUGGCAUAUUCCUUGUGUGAGUUUGGAGGAGGCGAAAAUGAGAGAAAGGAACUUCAAGCCUACAGAGAAAGACAUUUCCCUCUCUUUCUUGAGCGCUUGAAGAAUUCGACCUCUAUUUCUCCAAUGAAUUUGAGAAAAAAGGGAAGAUGUCCAUUGACACCAGAAGAAGCAGCACUUGUUCUAGCAGGUUUUGGUUUCAAACAAGAAACUUACAUUUACUUGGCUGGUUCUCAUAUCUAUGGGGGAAACUCAAGAAUGGAGGCCUUCAAUAGACUCUAUCCCAAUGUAGUCACAAAGGAAAACCUGCUUACAACCACAGAACUAGCACCUUUCAGAAAUUUUUCAUCUCAGAUGGCUGCUUUGGAUUUCAUUGCAUGUGCAAGUGCUGAUGUAUUUGCCAUGACUGAUUCUGGUAGCCAACUUUCAUCAUUGGUAUCUGGAUUAAGAACCUACUAUGGUGGCGGUCAUGCUCCUACCUUGCGGCCGAACAAGACACGGCUAGCUACAAUUUUGACUGAAAAUGACACCAUAGGAUGGAAUCGUUUCGAAGUAAGAGUAAAAAAGAUGAUUCUGGAAGGUCAGAAUGCAGCCAUAAGGAGUUAUGGACGAAGUAUAUAUAGAUAUCCUAGGUGUCCAGAGUGCAUGUGCAAACACCCUUAGUUAACAUAAACACUUUGUUAAUAAAUAACACAUUUUGAGAUUGAAAUUCAUUAA